AUGUCAAUAACAUUCGACGACAUUGCAAAUCAAUUUGAGCAGCUAUUCUCAAUAGUUUCAAGAAGCAAAAAACUUAGUAAAUCUAUUAUGUCACAACAAGCCAGUAAUUCCAAAUUGUCAAAAUCCGUUAGAUCAAGAUCAUCAAGAAAAUCUCUCAAGUCAUCAUAUUCUUGCAAAUCAUCGUGUAAAAUGACAUCUCCUGAAAAGAAUUCUAGACUUUGCCCAUGGAUUGAAGACAAUCGACAUUAUAGUACUCUUUUGUCAUUGCAAAAACAAUCUAAGCCCAAAAAAUCUUUAAGAAUGACCAAAUCAUUUCAAGGGUAUAGAGAACAGGAAAAAACUUUCGACGAGCCCGAAUUCUUUUCACCAGACUAUGAUACAAAUUCAACAGAAGUAUACCCAUCAUAUUCUGACAGUGAAAUGAAUUCCGAUGACGAAGAGAUGUUUAUAAGAGAAAUAGAUUUAAUUUUGAAUUCUCAUAUUCAAAAGAAAUUCUUUCAAUCAUGGAGAAAUAGAUUUAUGAUACGCACAUCAAUUCUAAUCAAAAAACAAUUACAAAGCAUUUCUUUAUCUCAUCAAUAUAAUCAUGAAAAUGAGUUUUAUCACGAAGAAGAAGAAGAAUGCAUACAAGAUUCUUCAGAAUCUCUACCUCCGAAAAGGCUGAGUGCACUUGAUUCAGAAGAAAAAGAACGGUUGAUUGAUAUUUUAUUAUCAUCUCAAGAAUAG